UCGCCCUUAACAGAAUGGACGAUUACGAAUCGGAAUAAAGGCGCAUUGUUCUUCCGACUAGGGUCAAUUGUCAAGGAAGCAGAAUAAUUAGAAGGGAGAGGAAAUGACGUCAGGAAGGGACCGGAAGUACGACGGCAUGACGUGGGGAAGCCAGUGGUUGAAGACGUCUUUAUUCCUACAGUAUUUGCGAUGAUGCCAUGUCGUGUGCUGGGAAACGGCCGCAGAGUAGAAUAUAAUAUCACAUCAUGUUGACGUUUCUUCAUUCAGAUGUACCUUUGAUAUUUUGAUUGACUUUCAUCAAUUAAAGGAAGACCAUAUAUUCAUAAGGCACAUUCAUCAACGCAUCAACCUCUGUAUACGAAUAAAAUCUUCAAUGAACGAUGGGAAAAUAAUUUUUCUGGACAUUGCAAUUAACGGCAACAUUUACUUGACUUCACUGUCUGGAAUGUUGAGGAGAUGAUCAAUUUACAGGUUAAUUAAGUUUACAUCUCUUGUUUUGGAUAUUAAGCAAGAUCACAGAUGAAAGAAUUGUAGCAUUAAAUAUAUUCAUAGAAAUGAAAAAUUUAUUAUUGUUGUGAUAUGUAUGACAAAUUAUUCUCUCAUAAUGGAAAAUUUCGCUAAACCAAAAACCCCUGAUACAAGAGAGAAGCCAUAUCGUUGUAAUAUCUGUAGUGAAUCAUUCACUUUUAAUACUCAGUUGACUAUUCACAAAUGCGUUCAUACAGGAGAGAAACCAUAUCAUUGUGACAUCUGUGGUAAAUCUUUCUCUCAAAGUGGGGACUUCACCAAACACAAAUGUACACAUACAGGAGAGAAGCCAUGUCAUUGCGAUAUCUGUGGCAAAUCAUUUUCUAACAACAAUUACAUAACUAGGCACAGACGUAUUCACACAGGGGAUAAACCAUAUGAGUGUAAUAUCUGUGGUAAAUCGUUUUCUCUUAAUACCACUUUGACUAGUCACAGACGUAUUCAUACAGGAGAGAAACCAUAUCAUUGUGAAAUCUGUGGUAAAUCAUUCUCUUGUAAUACUCAUUUGAUUUAUCACAAAUGUACACAUACAGGGGAAAAACCCUAUCAGUGUGAUAUCUGUGGUAAAUCAUUCUCUCAAAGCCCUCACUUGACUAAUCACAAACGUACACAUACGGGAGAGAAGCCAUAUCAUUGCGAUAUCUGUGGCAAGUCAUUUUCUGACAACAGUCACUUGACUAGUCACAGACGUAUUCACACAGGGGAAAAACCAUUUCAGUGCAAUAUCUGUGGUAAAUCUUUCUCUCGAAAUUGCGAUUUAACUAGUCACGUACGUACACAUACAGGAGAGAAACCAUAUCAUUGCGAAAUCUGUGGUAAAUCAUUCUCCCGUAAUAGUAAUUUGAUUAGUCACAAUCAUAUUCAUACUGGGGAAAAACUAUAUCAGUGUGAUGUCUGUGGUAAAUGUUUCUCUCAAAAAGGACGCUUAAAUACACAUGUGAAUAUUCAUACACAAGUGUAACCGUAUCAAUAUCAAAAUUUAUUAGAACGGGACAACAAUUACGAAUAUUUUGUCUGUUAAAAGACUAGAUUUAUUCCUAUUCAGGUUUGACCUCAUCAACUUUAAUUUCAUCAUUAGCAAUUUGAUAUUAACGAACCCCAACUUCAGUAUCAUUUAUAUAUAUAAAAAUAUCAACACAGAGAUGACUUUGAUUUCUGAAGAGGAUUGUGCUGGACUUUUGAGGAAUUUGUUAUGAGAGAAUAAAGGAAU